AUGGGAGGAAGUGGAGGUAAUCACAACUUAAUUCCUCAAUUUUCUCAACAACACCAUAACAACAACAAUAAUCAUCCAAUGAUUGAUUGUCUUACUAGCAAUAAUUCCCAAAUAAAUAAUAAUUUUGGAAUUAAUUGUCAAAAACAAACAACAAAUUCUUUAAUUGGAACAUCCACAAAUUGUUUACAGAUUUCUCAAACAUCCUCACAACAACUUCCCAACAGUUUAAUAAAAACACAACAACAACAAUAUUCUCCUGAAAAACCUUUUCGUUCAUCAAAAAAAUUAAAAAAUAUUAAAAAAGAAAUACAAACAACAAAAAAAUUUAUUUCUUCUUCUCCUAAAAAUAAAUUUUAUGUUUGUAAUAUUUGUGGAAGACAGUACUGUAGAAAAAGUACUUUAAAGGCACAUAUGAAAAAUCAUGUUGGUGAAAGGCCUUUUAUUUGUCCGUCCGGGGCUUGUGGGUGGGCUUUUUUGUCUCUCUCCUUUUACUUCCGACUCAAACAAUUAAUUUUUGUUUAUUUAACACCUUCAAAAAUUUUUUUACAGAUUUGCGGUAAACAUUUUUCACAAGCUGCGAAUUUAACAGCUCACAGAAGAGUACAUACAGGUGAGAAGCCGUUUAGCUGUCCAGUCUGUUAUCGACCAUUUUCUCAAAGAACACAUACUGGAGAAAGACCUUAUCCCUGCCCUCAUUGCGAAAAAGCUUUUACUGACAGUUCAACAUUAACAAAACAUUUAAGAACACACACAGGUUAA